GUCCUCUGCCGCUGAACUCCCACCGGCUGGGCUGCUCCCCUCGCUGCCCUGCUGUUCAUUCCUGUGCCCCGCCUGCCUGUCGGCCAGCCGUCUGCCUGGCCCUGGGGAGAGGAAGCUGCCUUCCCAGCUUGCCGCUGCCUCCCUUUUCUCCCUGGGCUCCGCCCGCAGCCCGCAGCUGAUCGCUGAUUCCCGGGUUCCCCAUUUGCCCGUCCUCACCAUGGUGGCUGGCAUGCUCAUGCCCCUGGACCAGCUCCGGGCCAUUUAUGAGCUGCUCUUCAGGGAAGGUGUGAUGGUGGCCAAGAAGGACCUGCGACCCCAGAGCCUGCACCCCCAUGUGCCUGGCGGGGUCACCAACCUGCAGGUCAUUCGGGCCAUGGGCUCCCUGAGGGCACGAGGCCUGGUGCGGGAGACUUUUGCGUGGCGCCACUUUUAUUGGUACCUCACCAACGAAGGCGUUGCUCACCUGCGCCAGUACCUGCACCUUCCCCCUGAGAUCGUGCCUGCGUCCCUGCAGCGCGUCCGCCGUCCCGUGGCCAUGGUGGCUCCUGCCCGUCGGGCACCUGCUCGGGUACAGACAGUGCAGGGACCCCUGAGCAGCCCUCCUAAGCGCCCUGACAGUGCCCGGGAAGAGCGGCAGGCCUAUCGCCGGAAGGAGGAUGAGGAGGUGCCUGAGCCACUGGUGGUGCCCACUUCCCGGGGGGCCCUGGCACGGAAUGCCCCGGAGCCCACCCCUGCCCCAGAUGAGCGGGACCGGGUGCAGAAGAAAACCUUCACCAAGUGGGUCAACAAGCAUCUCAUCAAGGCGCAGCGACACAUCAGUGACCUAUAUGAAGACCUCCGAGAUGGCCACAACCUCAUCUCCCUCCUGGAAGUGCUUUCAGGGGAUAGCCUGCCACGGGAGAAAGGGAGAAUGCGCUUCCAUAAGCUGCAGAAUGUCCAAAUUGCCCUGGACUACCUCAGACAUCGACAGGUGAAACUGGUGAACAUCAGGAAUGAUGAUAUUGCUGAUGGCAACCCCAAGCUCACCCUGGGUUUGAUAUGGACCAUCAUCUUACAUUUCCAGAUCUCAGACAUCCAGGUGAGCGGCCAGUCCGAAGAUAUGACUGCCAAGGAGAAGCUGCUGCUGUGGUCCCAGCGGAUGGUGGAAGGCUACCAGGGCCUGCACUGUGACAACUUCACUGCUAGCUGGCGGGAUGGGCGCCUCUUCAAUGCCAUCAUUCACCGGCACAAGCCCAUGCUCAUCGACAUGAACAAAGUCUACCAGCAGAGCAACCUGGAGAAUCUGGACCAGGCGUUCAAUGUGGCUGAGCGAGAGCUGGGGGUCACCCGGCUGCUGGACCCUGAGGAUGUGGACGUCCCUCAGCCAGAUGAAAAGUCCAUCAUCACCUACGUGUCGUCCCUGUAUGAUGCCAUGCCCCGGGUACCUGAUGUGCAAGAUGGUGUGAAGGCCAAUGAGCUGCAGCUUCGCUGGCAGGAGUACCGGGAGCUGGUCAUGUUGCUGCUACAGUGGAUCCGUCAGCAUAUCAUUGCCUUUGAGGAGCGCAAGUUUGCCACCAGCUACGAGGAGACAGAGAUCCUCUGGUGUCAGUUCCUCAAAUUUAAGGAGACCGAGCUUCCCGCCAAGGAGGCCGACAAGAACCGAUCCAAGAGCAUUUACCAGUCACUGGAGGGGGCUGUGCAGGCUGGGCAGCUGAAGGUACCACCAGGCUUUCACCCUCUGGAUGUAGAGAAGGAAUGGGGAAAGCUGCAUGUGGCCAUCCUGGAGCGGGAGAAGCAGCUGAGAACGGAGUUUGAAAGGCAGGAGUGUCUCCAGAGAAUUGUGAGCAAACUACAGAUGGAAUCCGGCCUGUGCGAGGAGCAGCUGAAUCAGGCUGAUGCCCUGCUGCAAUUGGACAUCCGGCUGCUAACCUCAGGCAAAGCCCCUCAGCAUGCUGGCGAAGUGGAGAGGGACCUGGACAAGGCCGAUAGCAUGAUCCGACUGCUCUUCAAUGAUGUGCAGACCCUCAAAGAUGGGCGGCACCCACAGGGCGAACAGAUGUACCGAAGGGUAUACCGCCUGCAUGAGCGGCUCGUGGCCAUCCGCACGGAAUACAACCUGCGGCUCAAGGCUGGUGUGCCCGUGACUCAGGUGAGCCCAGUGACCUCCCAGAGGCGGUCUGAGCUGGAGGAUGUCACUCUACGCUACCUGCAAGACCUGCUGGCCUGGGUGGAGGAGAACCAGCGGCGGCUGGAUGGGGCAGAGUGGGGUGUGGACCUCCCCAGUGUGGAGUCACAGCUGGGCAGCCACCGGGGGCUGCACCAGUCCAUCGAGGAAUUCCGGGCCAAGAUUGAGCGGGCACGGGCAGAUGAGAGCCAGCUCUCUCCAGCCACCAGAGGGGCCUACAGGGACUGCCUGGGCAAAUUGGACCUACAGUAUGCCAAGCUGCUGAACACCUCUAAGGCCCGGCUGCGGGGUCUGGAGAGCCUACAUGGCUUUGUGGCAGCGGCCACCAAAGAGCUGAUGUGGCUGAAUGAGAAGGAAGAAGAAGAAGUCAACUAUGACUGGAGUGAACGCAACAGUAACAUGGCGUCCAAGAAGGACAGCUAUUCGGGCUUGAUGCGGGAGCUAGAGCUGAAGGAAAAGAAAGUCAAGGAGAUCCAGAAUACGGCAGAGCGCCUCCUUCGGGAAGAUCACCCAGGGAAGGCCACUGUGGAGGCGUUCCAGGCUGCCCUGCAGACCCAGUGGAGUUGGAUGCUACAAUUGUGCUGCUGCCUUGAGGCACAUCUGAAGGAAAAUACAGCCUAUUUCCAGUUUUUCUCUGACGUUCGGGAGGCUGAGGAGCAGCUGCAGAAGCUUCAGGAGACAAUGAGAAGGAAGUAUACCUGUGACCGCUCCAUCACUGUCACUCGUCUGGAGGACCUGCUGCAAGAUGCCCAGGAUGAAAAGGAACAGCUCUCUGAGUACAAGGGGCAUCUUUUGGGCCUGGCCAAGAGGGCUAAGGCCAUAGUACAAUUAAAGCCCCGUAAUCCAUCCUACCCCAUUCGGGGCCGGCUACCUCUGCAAGCUGUGUGUGACUACAAGCAGAUGGAGAUGACCGUCCACAAAGGGGAUACCUGUCAGCUGGUGAGUCAUGCCCAGCCGUCCAAAUGGAAGGUGGUACAUAGCAGUGGCAGUGAAGCCGUCCUGCCCUCUGUCUGCUUCCUUGUGCCCCCACCCAAUAAAGAGGCCCAGGAUGCAGUCAGCAGGCUGGAGGGACUGCACCAGACCCUGGUGAACCUUUGGCACCAGCUACAUGUGGAUAUGAAGAGUCUUUUGGCUUGGCAGUGCCUAACCCGAGAAAUCCAGCUCAUUCGCUCUUGGUCCCUGGUAACGUUCCGCACACUGAAACCAGAGGAACAACGCCAGGCCUUACGCAACCUGGAUGUGCAUUACCAGGCCUUCCUUCGGGAUAGCCAGGAUGCUGGCGGCUUUGGACCUGAGGACCGACUGCAGGUAGAAAGGGACUAUAGCACCUGUACUCGCCAUUAUCAGCAGCUACUGCAAAACCUGGAGCAAGGAGAACAGGAAGAGUCUCUGUGCCAACGCUAUAUCUCUGAGCUGAAGGACAUCCGUCUCCAACUAGAGGCCUGUGAGGGCCGUAUUGUCCAUCGGCUCCGCAUGCCACUGGAGAAGGAGCCCUCCCGCGAGUGUGCUCAGCGUAUCACUGAGCAGCAGAAGGUACAGGCAGAAGUGGAGGGCCUGGGCCAGGGAGUGACCAAACUCUCUACUAAGGCAGAGAAGGUGCUUGCCCAGCCUGAGCCCUCACCUGGAGCCCCUGCCCUUCGCUCUGAACUGGACCUGACUCUAGUCAAGCUGGACCAGGUGCGCAGCCUGUCUGCCAUCUACCUGGAAAAGCUCAAGACCAUCAGUCUCGUGAUCCGUAGCACCCAGGGUGCAGAGGAGGUUCUGCGUACCUAUGAGGAGCAGCUCAAGGAUGUGCAGAACGUCCCUGCUGAUCUCUCGGAGCUGGAGGCCACCAAGGCAGAGUUGAAGGUAAUGGGUCUGAGCUGUUACGCAUCGCAGGUGGAAGCCCAGCAGCCUCUAUUUGCGGGGCUGAACGAGGAGCUGAGGGCGGCACAGGAGGUGGGCGAUCGGAUGCAGCAGAAGCACGGGGAGCGGGAUGCAGAGCUGGAGCGCUGGCGGGAGCGGGUCACGCAGCUGUUGGAGCGCUGGCAGGCUGUGCUGGCCCAGAUUGACUUGCGGCAGCGAGAACUGGAUCAGCUGGGCCGCCAGCUGCGCUACUACCGUGAGAGCGCGGAGCCCCUGAAUGCCUGGCUCCUAAGCGCCAAGCAACGGCAGGAGCAGAUUCAGGCUGUGCCCUUGGCUGAUAGCCAGGUGGUCCGUGAGCAGCUCCAGCAGGAAAAGAAACUCCUGGAAGAAAUUGAAAGACAUGGAGAGAAAGUCACUGAGUGUCAGAAGUAUGCCAAGCAAUACAUUAAUGCCAUCAAGGACUAUGAGCUGCAGCUGGUGACGUACAAGGCUCAAGUGGAACCUGUGGCCUCCCCUGCCAAGAAACCCAAGGUCCAGUCAGUGUCAGAUAGCAUCAUCCAGGAGUAUGUGGAUCUUCGUACCCGCUACAGUGAACUGACCACCCUCACAAGCCAGUACAUCAAGUUCAUCAGUGAGACCCUUCGGCGCCUGGAGGAGGAAGAGAGGGCGGCAGAGAAGCUGAAGGCGGAGGAGAGGCAGCGGCUGGCAGAGGUGGAGGCUCAGCUGGAGAAGCAGAGGCAGCUGGCCGAGGCCCACGCCCAGGCCAAGGCCCAGGCGGAGCGCGAGGCCCAGGAGCUUCAGCGGCGCAUGCAGGAGGAGGUGGCUCGGCGGGAGGUGGUCGCCGUGGAUGCCCAGCACCAAAAGCUCAACAUUCAGCAGGAGCUGCAGCAGCUACGGCAGAACUCGGACCUGGAGAUCAAGGCCAAGGCCCAGCAGGUCGAGGAAGCCGAGAGGAACCGUCUGCGGAUCGAGGAAGAGAUCCGCGUGAUUCGCCUGCAACUGGAGACGACGGAGCGUCAGAAGAGUGGCGCCGAGUCCGAGCUGCAGGCUCUGCGGGCCCGGGCCGAGGAGGCCGAGCUGCAGAAGAAGCAGGCCCAGGAGGAAGCCGAACGCCUGCGGCGGCAGGUGAAGGAGGAGAGCCAGAAGAAACGCCAGGCGGAGGAAGAACUGCGGCUGAAGAUCCAGGCUGAGCAGGAGGCUGCCAGAGAGAAGCAGAGGGCCCUGCAGGCCCUGGAGGAGCUGCGCCUGCAGGCCGAGGAGGCAGAGCGGCGCAUGAAACAGGCAGAGGCCGAGAAGGAACGGCAGGUGCAGGUGGCCCUGGAGACGGCCCAGCGGAGUGCAGAGGUAGAGCUCCAGAGCAAGCGGAUGUCCUUUGCUGAGAAGACGGCCCAGCUCGAGCUGAGCCUGAAGCAAGAGCACAUCACCGUCACCCACUUGCAGGAGGAGGCUGAGCGCCUGAAGAAGCAGCAGGCAGAGGCCGAGCGCUUCCGCGAGGAGGCUGAACGGGAGCUGGAAAAGUGGCGGGCAAAAGCCAACGACGCCCUGCGCAUGCGGCUCCAGGCAGAGGAGAUUGCCCACCAGAAGACUCUUGCGCAAGAGGAGGCGGAGAAACAGAAAGAAGAUGCGGAGCGGGAGGCCCGCAAGAGGAGUAAAGCGGAGGAGUCGGCCUUGCGGCAGAAGGAGCUGGCGGAGCAGGAGCUGGAGAAGCAGCGGAAGCUGGCAGAGGGCACAGCCCAGCAGAAGCUCUCGGCCGAGCAGGAGCUGAUCCGGCUGAAGGCAGAGACGGAGAACGGGGAGCAGCAGCGGCUGCUCCUGGAGGAGGAGCUCUUCCGCCUCAAGAAUGAGGUGAACGAGGCCAUUCAGAAGCGCAAAGAGGUAGAGGAGGAGCUGGCAAAGGUGCGAGCAGAAAUGGAGAUCCUCCUGGAGAGCAAGGCAAAGACAGAGGAGGAGUCACGCUCCACCAGUGAGAAGUCCAAGCAGCGACUGGAGGCUGAAGCCAGCAAGUUCCGGGAGCUGGCAGAGGAGGCUGCUCGGUUGCGGGCCCUGUCAGAAGAGGCCAAGCGGCAGCGGCAGCUGGCAGAGGAGGAUGUGGCCCGCCAGCGGGCGGAGGCCGAACGCAUCCUCAAGGAGAAACUGGCCGCCAUCAGUGAGGCCACGAGGCUCAAAACGGAGGCGGAGAUCGCGUUGAAGGAGAAGGAAGCGGAGAAUGAACGCCUCCGGCGGCUUGCAGAGGAUGAGGCCUAUCAGCGGCGCUUGCUGGAGGAGCAGGCGGCCCAGCACAAGGCUGACAUCGAGGAGAAGAUCGCCCUGCUGAAGAAGUCCUCGGAGACUGAGCUGGAGCGCCAGAAGGGCCUGGUGGACGAUACCCUGAAGCAGCGGCGCAUCAUCGAAGAGGAGAUCCGCAUCCUCAAGAUCAACUUUGAGAAGGCCUCCGCCGGCAAGACGGACCUGGAGCUGGAGCUGGGGCGCAUCAAGAGCAGCGCAGAGGAAAUCCAGAAGAGCAAGGAGCAGGCCGAGCGCGAGGCUGAGAAGCAGCGGCAGCUGGCGCUGGAGGAGGAGCAGCGGCGACGGGAGGCCGAGGACAAGGUCAAGAAGAUCCUCGCUGCAGAGCAGGAGGCCGCCCGGCAGAGGAAGGCGGCUCUGGAGGAGGUGGAGCGCCUUAAAGCCAAGGUUGAGGAAGCCAAACGCCAAAAAGAACUGGCGGAGAAAGAAUCGGAACGGCAGAUCCAGCUGGCUGAGGAGGCCGCCCAAAAGCGGCUGCAGGCCGAGGAGAAGGCCCACGUAUUUGCCGUGCAGCAGAAGGAGCAGGAGCUGCUGCAGACCCGUCGGCAGGAGCAGAGCAUGUUGGACAAGCUGAGGGAGGAGGCGGAGAAGGCCAAGCGAGCCGCCGAGGAAGCUGAGGAGGCCCGGCACCGGGCGGAGCACGAGGCCACCCUGUCACGUCAGCAGGUGGAAGAAGCUGAGCGCCUGAAGCAGCAGGCAGAGGAGCAAGCUCAGGCCCAGGCCCAGGCCCAGGCCUCGGCAGAGAAGCUGCGCAAGGAGGCAGAGCUGGAGGCCGCCAAGCGGGCCCAGGCGGAGCAGGCGGCGCUGCGGCAGAAACAGGCUGCCGAUGCAGAGAUGGAGAAACACAAGAAGUUUGCAGAGCAGACCUUGAGGCAGAAGGCUCAGGUGGAACAGGAGCUGACCAAGGUGAAGCUUCAGCUGGAGGAGACCGACCACCAGAAGGACAUCCUGGAUGAGGAGCUGCAGCGUCUGAAGGAGGAGGUGACUGACGCCAUGAAGCAGAAGACACAGGUGGAGGAGGAGCUCUUCAAAGUGAAGAUCCAGAUGGAGGAGCUGGUGAAGCUGAAGGCCCGCAUCGAGGAGGAGAACAAGAUGCUGAUUCUCAAGGACAAAGACAACACCCAGAAAUUCCUGGUAGAGGAGGCGGAGAAGAUGAAGCAGGUGGCCGAGGAGGCCGCCCGCCUGAGCGUGGAAGCCCAGGAAGCCGCACGGCUCCGCAAGCUGGCCGAAGAGGACCUGGCCCAGCAGCGGGCGCUGGCCGAGAAGAUGCUGAAGGAGAAGAUGCAGGCCGUGCAGGAGGCCACGAGGCUGAAGGCCGAGGCAGAGAUGCUGCAGAAGCAAAAGGACCUGGCCCAGGAGCAAGCCAAGAAGCUCCAGGAGGACAAGGAUCAGAUGGAGCAGCGCCUCGCGCAGGAGACCGAGGGCUUCCAGAAGACGCUGGAAGCUGAACGCCGCCGCCAGCUGGAGAUGAGCGCCGAGGCCGAGCGGCUGAAACUGCACGUGACCGAGAUGAGCCUGGCGCAGGCUAAGGCGGAAGAGGAUGCCCGGAAGUUCAAGAAGCAGGCUGAGGAGAUCGGCGAGAAGCUCCAUCGCACGGAGUUGGCCACGAGGGAGAAGAUGACGCUGGUGCACACCCUGGAGAUCCAGAGGCAGCAGAGUGACAAGGAUGCCGACAAGCUGAAAGAGGCCAUCGCAGAGCUGGAGAGGGAGAAGGAGAAGUUAAAGCGUGAGGCAGAGAUGCUCCAGCACAAGUCGGAAGAGAUGCAGAUGGCCCAGAAGGAGCAGCUGUUGCAUGAGACUCAGAUGCUGCAGCAGACCUUCCUCACUGAGAAGGACAGCCUGCUGCAGAGGGAACGGUUCAUCGAGGAGGAGAAAGCCAAGCUGGAGAAGCUGUUCCAGGAGGAGGUGAACAAGGCCCAGAACCUGAAGGCCGAGCAAGAACGCCAGCAGAAGCAGAUGGAGCAGGAGAAACAGCAGCUGAUCACCAGCAUGGACGAGGCCAAGAGGAGGCAGAAGGAGGCAGAGGACAACGUCCGGCGCAAGCAGGAGGAGCUGCAGCAGCUGGAGCAGCGGAGGCUGCAGCAGGAGAAGCUGCUGGCUGAUGAGAACCAGAAGCUGCGUGAGAAGCUGGAGAGGCUGGAGGAGGAGCACCGGGCGGCUCUGGCUCAGACCCGGGCCGUCAUGAUCCAGACGGAGGAGAGGGUAACCCAGGCCAAGGCCCUGCCCAAUGGGCGAGAUGCCCUCGAUGGCCUGGCCCAAAACGGGGAGCCCGAGUUUGCGUUCGACGGCCUCCGUCAGAAGGUCUCGGCCAAGAAGCUGGAGGAGGCUGGCAUCCUGAGCCGGGAGCAGCUGGACCGACUUGCGGAGGGCACGGCCACGGUGACGGAGCUGUCGCAGAGAGAAGACGUCAGGAGGUACCUUCAGGGCCGGAGCAGCAUUGCCGGGCUGCUGCUUAAGCCAACCAACGAGAAGGUCAGCAUCUACAAGGCCAUGAAGAGGCAGCUGCUGAGCCCAGGCACCGCCCUCAUCCUGCUCGAGGCCCAGGCCGCCUCCGGCUUCAUCAUCGACCCUGUCAGCAACAAGAGGCUGUCUGUCAACGAGGCAGUGAAGGAGAGCAUCGUCGGGCCGGAGCUGCACAACAAACUGCUGUCGGCAGAGAGGGCGGUGACUGGCUAUAAGGACCCCUACACUGGAGACAAGAUCUCCCUGUUCCAGGCCAUGAAGAAGGACCUCAUCAUCAAGGACCACGGCGUGAGGCUGCUGGAGGCCCAGAUCGCCACGGGAGGCAUCAUCGACCCCGUGCAGAGCCACCGCGUGCCUGUGGAGGUGGCCUACAGACGUGGCUACUUGGAUGAGGAGAUGACGAAGACUCUGUCUGACCCCUCGGACGACACCAAGGGCUUCUUUGACCCCAACACGCACGAGAACCUCACCUACCUGCAGCUGCUGGAGCGCUGCGUCACCGACCCGGAGACUGGCCUUUGCCUCCUGCCGCUCACGGACAGAGCAGCCAGAGGGGGAGAGCUGGUCUACACUGACAACGAGGCCAGAGAUGUUUUCAAGAAGGCAACCGUGUCCGCCCCCUUCGGCAGGUUCCGUGGGAAGACGGUCACCAUCUGGGAAAUCAUCAACUCGGAGUACUUCACGGAGGACCAGCGGCGAGACCUCCUCCGGCAAUACAGGACAGGCAAGAUCACCGUGGAGAAAAUCAUCAAGAUCAUCAUCACCGUCGUCGAAGAGCAUGAGAAGAAAAGCCAGCUGUGCUUUGAGGGCCUCCGCGCCCCUGUCCCAGCCGCCGAGCUGCUGGAGAGCAAAGUCAUCAACAAAGAUCUCUACCAUCAGCUGAGCCAGGGCAAGAAAACAGUGCAGGAGGUGGCCGAGGUGGAGACCGUGAAGAAGUACCUGCGUGGAGCUAAUGCCAUUGCCGGGGUGUGGGUGGAGGAGACCGGGCAAAAGCUGAGCCCCUACGAAGCCCUGAGAAAGAACCUGCUGAAGCCUGAGGUGGCCCUCUCCCUCUUGGAGGCCCAAGCUGGCACUGGGCACAUCAUUGACCCUCUUAAGAAUGCCAGGCUAUCAGUGGACGAGGCUGUGAAAUCUGGCCUGGUGGGCCCAGAGCUGCAUGAGAAGUUACUCUCUGCAGAGAAAGCUGUAACUGGGUAUAAGGACCCAUACACUGGGCAGAUUGUCUCUCUGUUCCAGGCACUGAAGAAGGGUCUCAUUCCUAGUGACCAUGGCCUACGUUUGCUAGAUGCUCAGCUCUCCACUGGUGGCAUCAUUGACCCUGGGAAGAGUCACCGUGUCCCCCUGGAUGUCGCCUAUGAGCGGGGUUAUUUAGAUGAAGAGAUGACCAAGGCCCUGUCAACUCCUAAAGAUAGUGCCAAGGCCUUCUAUGACCCCAACACUCAAGAACACCUCACUUACAGCCAGUUGCAGAAGAGGUGCCGAACAGACAAACAGACAGGCCUGUAUCUACUGCCUCUCUCAGAGAAAGCUAUUCGUGCUCAACAGGAAGAGAUCUACACUGACCUCCAAGCCAAGGAAUCAUUUGAAAAAGCUACAGUUGAAGUCCCAGUUGGCAGCUUCAAGGGAAGGACAAUCACCAUCUGGGAGCUGAUCAAUUCUGAGUACUUCACUGAGGAGCAGAGGAGGGAGCUUAUCCGUCAAUACAAGACGGGCAAAGUCACUGUUGAGAAAAUCAUCAAGAUCAUGGUAACCAUCAUUGAAGAGACAGAGACCAAGAGACAGGAGAAACUCACAUUCAGUGGCCUGCGGACACCGGUGGCAGCCAGUGAGCUCCUUGAGUCCAGGAUCAUCAGCAGAGCCCAGUUUGAACAACUGAAGGAUGGCAGGAAGUCUGUGAAAGAUAUCUCUGAGACAGACUCUGUGAAGAGGUUUCUCCAGGGGACCGACUGUAUUGCUGGCAUCUAUGUGGAGGAGACCAAAGAGAAAUUGACCAUCUACCAGGCAAUGAAAAGGAACCUGCUGAGGCCCAGCACAGCCAUCAUUCUCUUGGAGGCCCAGGCUGCUACUGGCUUCGUGAUUGACCCCAUAAAAAACCAGCGUCUGUAUGUUAAUGAAGCAGUGAAAGCUGGUGUGGUGGGGCCAGAGCUACAUGAGAAGCUGCUCUCUGCUGAGAAGGCUGUCACUGGUUAUAAAGACCCCUACUCAGGCAAUACCAUCUCCCUCUUUGAGGCCAUGAAGAAGGGUCUGAUUCUUAGGGACCAUGGCAUCCGCCUCCUGGAGGCCCAGAUUGCCACAGGUGGUAUCAUCGACCCCGUCAACAGUCACCGUGUCCCUGUGGAGGUGGCCUACAAGCGUGGCUACUUUGAUGAGGAGAUGAAUAGAAUCCUGUCUGACCCCUCAGAUGACACCAAGGGCUUCUUUGACCCCAAUACCCAAGAGAAUCUCACCUACUUGCAGCUGAAGCAGCGAUGUGUAGAAGACCCUGAGACUGGCCUCUACCUUCUGUCUCUGAAGAAGCCUGAAAAGCCAGAAGUGGUGGAGACGACGCAGGUGUACACAGAGGAAGAGACCCGCAAGGCAUUUGAAGAAACCCAGAUUGACAUCCCAGGUGGUAGCCAGGGAAGCACCUCCAUGUCUCUCUGGGAGGUAAUGCAGUCAGACAUGAUCCCUGAAGAGCAGCGCACGCGACUCAUGGAGGACUUCCGUGCUGGGAAGGUCACAAAGGAACGAAUGAUUAUCAUCAUCAUUGAGAUCAUUGAGAAGACUGAGAUCAUCCGUCAGCAGAACCUCAACUCCUAUGAUUAUGUCCGGCGCCGUAUCACUGCCGAGGAUCUUUAUGAGGCCCGCAUCAUUUCCCUGGAGACCUACAACCUCCUUCGAGAGGGAACCAAGACCAUCCGAGAGAUCUUGGAGGUGGAGACCACCUGGCGCUACCUGUAUGGGAGUGGCUGUGUGGCAGGCAUCUAUCUGCCUGCCUCUAAGCAGAAACUGACCAUCUAUCAGGCUUUGAAGAAAGGGCUCAUUAGCUCUGAGAUCGCCCGCACCUUGCUGGAGGCACAGGCGGCCACUGGCUUCAUGAUUGACCCAAUAAAGAAUGAGCGGCUCACUGUAGAUGAAGCUGUGAGGAAAGGGCUGGUGGGCCCAGAGAUUCACGACCGGCUUCUUUCAGCAGAGAGAGCAGUGACUGGCUAUCGGGACCCAUACACCGAGCAGACCAUUUCCCUUUUCCAGGCAAUGAAGAAGGAUUUGAUCUCUUCUGAGGAAGCUCUGAGGCUCUUGGAUGCUCAGCUAGCCACUGGUGGCAUCAUUGACCCCCGCCUGGGCUUCCACCUCCCACUGGAGAUUGCUUACCAGCGAGGUUACCUGAACAAAGACACAUACAACCAGUUGUCAGAGCCCAGUGAGAUCAGGAGCUAUGUGGACCCAUCUACGGAGGAGAAGCUCAACUACACACAACUGUUGAAACGGUGUCGCCGAGACGAGAACAGCGGUCAGUUACUCCUCCCCCUCUCAGACACCCGAAAACUGACAUUCCGGGGCCUGCGGAAACAGAUCACGGUGGAGGAGCUGGUCCGAUCCCAGGUCAUGGAUGAGGCGACCGCCCUCCAGCUGCAGGAGGGGCUGACUUCCGUCGAAGAAGUCUCCAAAAAUCUAAAGAAGUACUUGGAGGGUACCAGCUGCAUCGCCGGUGUCUUUGUAGACUCUACCAAGGAGCGGCUCUCAGUCUACCAGGCCAUGAAAAAAGGCAUCAUUCGUCCUGGCACUGCCUUUGAGCUCCUGGAAGCCCAGGCAGCCACAGGCUAUGUUAUUGAUCCCAUUAAAGGGCUUAAGCUCACAGUGGAAGAGGCUGUCCGCAUGGGCAUCGUGGGCCCUGAGUUCAAAGACAAAUUGAUCUCUGCCGAGCGGGCUGUGAUUGGGUACAAAGACCCCUAUUCUGGGAAACUCAUCUCCCUCUUUCAGGCCAUGAAGAAAGGUUUGAUACUGAAGGACCAUGGCAUCCGCCUGCUGGAGGCUCAGAUUGCAACAGGGGGCAUCAUUGACCCUGAGGAGAGCCACCGACUCCCUGUGGAAGUAGCUUAUAAGCGUGGCCUGUUUGAUGAGGAGAUGAACGAGAUCUUGACUGACCCCUCAGAUGACACCAAGGGCUUCUUUGAUCCCAACACAGAGGAAAAUCUCACUUACCUGCAGCUGAUGGAGCGGUGCAUCACUGACCCAGAGACAGGCCUCUGCCUAUUGCCACUGAAGGAGAAAAAACGGGAGAGAAAGACCUCUUCCAAGUCGUCCGUCCGUAAGCGGCGGGUGGUGAUUGUGGAUCCUGAGACAGGCAAGGAGAUGUCUGUGUAUGAGGCUUAUCGCAAGGGGCUCAUUGACCAUCAGACAUACCUCGAGCUGUCUGAACAAGAGUGUGAGUGGGAGGAGAUCACCAUCUCCUCCUCAGAUGGGGUGGUCAAGUCUAUGAUCAUUGACCGGCGCUCUGGCCGGCAAUAUGAUAUUGAUGAUGCCAUUUCGAAGAGCUUAAUUGACCAGUCAGCGCUCGACCAGUACCGUGCUGGCACGCUCUCCAUCACUGAAUUCGCUGACAUGCUGUCAGGUAACGUGAGUGGCUUCCGCUCGAGGUCAUCCUCUGUGGGCUCCUCUUCCUCUUAUCCUAUCAGCCCAGCUGUCUCCAGGACUCAGCUCACUUCCUGGACUGACCCUACUGAGGAGACGGGGCCAGUGGCUGGAAUUCUAGACACAGACACCCUGGAGAAGGUGUCUAUCACUGAGGCCAUGCACCGAAACCUAGUGGACAACAUCACCGGCCAGAGACUGUUGGAGGCCCAGGCCUGCACCGGGGGCAUCAUCGACCCCAACACUGGAGAGAAGUUCCCAGUCACUGAUGCUGUCAACAAGGGGCUAGUGGAUAAGAUCAUGGUGGACAGGAUCAACUUGGCCCAGAAGGCUUUCUAUGGUUUCGAGGACCCACGGACCAAGACGAAAAUGUCCGCAGCUCAAGCCCUGAAGAAGGGCUGGCUCUAUUAUGAGGCAGGGCAGCGCUUCCUGGAGGUGCAGUACCUGACAGGGGGACUGAUUGAGCCCGACACACCAACCCGGGUGCCCCUGGAGGAAGCCCUGCAGAAGGGAACCAUCGAUGCCCGAACCGCCCAGAAACUCCGUGAUGUCAACACCUACUCCAAGUACCUCACCUGCCCCAAGACCAAGCUAAAGAUCUCCUAUAAGGAUGCCAUGGAUCGGAGCAUGACGGAAGAGGGCACGGGGCUGAGGUUGCUGGAAGCCUCUUCCCAGUCCAGCAAAGGCUACUACAGCCCCUACAGCGUCAGCGGCUCCGGGUCCACCUCGGGCUCCCGGACGGGCUCCCGUACUGGAUCCCGCGCUGGCUCUCGGCGGGGGAGCUUUGACGCCACUGGCUCUGGUUUCUCCAUGACCUUCUCUUCCUCCUCCUACUCUUCAUCGGGCUAUGGCCGCCGGUAUACUUCAGGACCCCACGAAGCCUCUGAGGCCACCCAGCUCUCCUUGGAUCGGGGCGGCCUGAGUGGGAGCUGUGGGUGGGAAGUGGGAGAGGAAUGGGCAGCCCUGGGGGGGCCACAGCCCACUGUGGCAUAACCACCCUGACCUUGCCUGUUCCCCUCUGCUUCCCUCCCCUGCCCCUUCUUACUCUGCAUGCGGUCAAUCUGCCAGCUAAGUGCCCUGGGUUAAUUUUUUUUUUCUUGGUUUUUUUUUUUAAUUUUUAAAAAGACUCUUCUUCCAAAGCGGUGCCUAAAGUUUAACCAAAAAGACUAGACUAAUAUAUUAAUAUAUAUUUGCUGUUCUGACAUAGUUUGUAUAUUGAGGGGAGCAAAGUGGGCCCUGUCUCUCUGCCUGCCUUGCCACCCCCCUCUAGGACUCUCCUGACCAUCUAUGCUGGCAGCCACUUCACCAUAGCCUGAUGCCUUGGACUCGGUCCGAGCCAGCUCUCACCUUCCCCAAACGUUGGGCCUUUUGGCUCUUCCACUUCUUGCCUGCUGCCCCGGGUUCUGCCCCUUUUGCCCUUCUCGGGCUCCUCCGUUCUGCAGGAGGAGAACUGGGCCAAGCCACAACCUGUCCUUUUUUCACUGCCCUAAGCAACAUGUCCUCCGCCUAGCCUCAGGUCACGCGUGGUUCCAUCCCAAGGGCCCUGCCUGGAUUCCCAGCCUGUCCUCUGCAGCUGCUGCCUGGACUUUCCUCCCUGUCCCUGGGUCAGGUGAGGGGCAGCCCGCCUCUACCUGGGGCCCCUCAGCCCUUUCGCGAAGCCAAGGGCCUCACCACCAAGAUGCCGCCAGGAUGGGACAGGAGCCACGGUGCAUGUUGGACUUCCUCCUCUGCCUACUCUCUUGCCUGCCUCUCAGCCCGACUCCCCCAACCCUGCAGUGGGCUCCACCUGUUUGGCUUUCUGUCGGGGCUGGACUCGUGUGUGGGGAGGGAGGGAAAGGGAACGGCGAUGGCCAGCCACGGGGCCAGCCUUCUUGGUGUGUCUGGGAAGUGCCCUGCCUCAGGUGGGGUGGGGAGAAUCUUCUUGGGUCAGUGUUGGCCAGAUUGGGAGCUGGAUGCUGGCCCAGGGGGACAGACUGCUGACCUGCAGUUAUGGAUGGGAUAGAGGGAGAAGACCUCUCUGGCCACCCCUCAAGUCCACGGGAAGGACCAAGAAACCUUUUUCACCCCUUCAUUUCCUCUCCUCCUCCUCCUACCUGGAGGCUUGGAGAUAACCUAUUCUCCUUCUAUGUCAGCUGUCUCUCUCCAGCCUGCCCAGAGAAGCUCCUUCCCCAUGGGAAGACGAGAACUGGGGCUCCACCAUCAACCCACCAGGGCCAGGCCCAGGCUCCCGGGAGGCUCCUCUGCUGGGCCAUCCCACCCAGUGUGAUCCAGUGUUCACCUGGCCCCUCUUCCCUCCCGUGGAGCCUGCAGCCCUGUGACCCUGGGGGACACCCUGAGGAAUCAGACUCGGCCUUGUCCCUUGGUCCAAACCUUCCAGCUGCUGCCUGUGGCAGCAUCUCCAACUCUGCCCUCCCCCCCCCAAGCAAUGCCAGCCCCUCAAAGCA